GAAAGAACAAUGUUUCCAUCAAGUCAAUUUUCUAGUUUUUCUUGAGAAAUGGCGGAAUCAAUUGAAUUCUUUGAGUUAAACACAGGAGCCAAAAUCCCCUCCGUUGGGUUAGGCACAUGGGACGCUGCCCCUAACGCCGUCGGCGAGUCCAUCACCACCGCUGUUAAGGUUGGAUAUCGACACAUUGAUUGUGCUCAUAAAUAUGGGAACGAGAAACAGAUUGGUGUCGCUCUGAAGAAGGUUUUUGAAGAUGGUUUAGUGAAACGUGAGGACUUAUGGAUCACCUCCAAACUCUGGAACACUGAUCAUGCACCAGAAGAUGUUCCAAAGGCUUUGGAUAGAACUUUGCAAGAUCUGCAACUUGACUAUGUUGAUCUGUACCUUAUUCACUGGCCAGCACACCCUGACAUAUUACCCAGCACAUGGCGAGCAAUGGAAGCAUUAUUUGAUUCUGGCAAGGCUCGAGCUAUUGGAGUUAGUAAUUUCUCUGUAAAGAAGCUUGAAGAUCUGCUAGCUGUUGCUCGUGUUACUCCUGCUGUUAACCAAGUGGAGAUUCACCCUGUAUGGCAGCAGCCAAAGCUUCAUGAAUAUUGUAAAUCCAAGGGAAUUCAUUUAACUGGGUAUUCACCACUAGGUUCCUCUGGAACAGGAAUUCUCAAGAAUCGUAUUCUCACUACAGUUGCUAAGAAAUUAGGCAAGACUCCUGCACAAGUUGCUCUUCGUUGGGGACUUCAAAUGGGUCACAGUGUAGUGCCUAAGAGUACGAAUGAGGCAAGGAUCAAGGAAAACUUUGAUGUUUUUGACUGGUCUAUUCCUGAAAAUUUGUUUGCCAAGUUUUCUGAAAUUGUGCAGGCAAGUAUUGGCAAUUCUCUCUAGAAUCUCAACAAGUUCCAUUGUUUUACAAAAUCACAUGAUAAAUUGUUGGGAAUUUUUUUAGAGCUUCCAAGUUUUUGUGGUUAAUUAAUUCAAUUCUACCUGACAUUAUUGAAAUGCUGGUUUUGAUCAUGCAGAUGAGGCAAAUAAGUGGCAGUUUUUUAGUUGGCAAGACUUAUGGCUUUUUCAAGUCAGUGGAAGAACUUUGGGAUGGUGAGCAGUGAGCGGAGAGAUGUUUCAAAGAUUGGAUUUUUCCAUUUUGGCUUCUUCUAUCUUGUAUACAAAGAUGUCGAAUAUUUCUCCUGCUUGUAAUUUGAAAUGCACUCAAUAAGAAGAUAGAUAUAGCCAGAAGAAUUUGGGAUAGAAA